UCUUUGGGCCGGUGAAAUUUUGGUUCCCGGUUCGCCCCCCCCGAAUCCGGCGGGGCCUCCGAUGGCCAAGGGCCGGAGACUGACGUCCAGCCGGAGCGAGCGCCUGCUGGGAAGCUACGGCGGCGGCUACGGCUACGGGGCCGACGGGAGCGAGGCGGCGGAGUUCGACGAGGACGACGUGUGGUCGACGGUUGACCGCGGCGGGGCGGACAGAGGGGAGGACGGCGCGGAGAAUUCGCAGCUGGGGUGGGCCCCGGAGGAGGGCGGCGGCGGAGGCGGAGGCGGAGGCGGCGGCGGCGGCGGGAGGAGGGGGCGGGGCGGGGUCCCGCGCGGCGGCCUGUCGUUGGCCUUCGAGGACUCCGGGGUCAGGCCGUCGUCGAGGAUCGUGCACCAGUUCCGCGGGAACGACGCGGGGGCGGCGGCGGCGGCGUCGUCCCCGUCGCCGCGCGGGCACGGUCACGGGCACGGGCACCACCACAUGGCCACGUCGGCGCCGGUGAACGUGCCCGACUGGAGCCAGAUAUACCGGGCCGACUCGGCGGAGUCGAUGCACGACUCGGACGACGGGCUGGAGGAGCGCGACGCCGAGAUGGUCCCGCCGCACGAGUACCUGGCGCGGGAGUACGCCCGGAGCCAGCAGGCCGCCGCCACGUCGGUCUUCGAGGGCGUCGGCAGGACGUUGAAGGGGAGGGACAUGCGGCGAAUGCGCGACGCCGUGUGGAGCCAAACCGGGUUCGACGGUUGAUACUCAAUACAACAACCACCACCACCACCACCACCACCACCUUUAUAUUAUUAGAUCCGCCGUCGAUUGGGAAAGAAAGUCGGACGAGAAAAAGCGGGUCGGGAAUUGUAUUCGUCAUUGUUAAAGGUAAAAGAUUUUUCCCGGGCAGUGAUUCGGGAUCGAGUCGGCUCGGGUUCGGGAUCGAGUCGGCUCGGGGUCGAGUGAGCCCGAGCGAUUGAAGAUUUUCUGCGUCUCCUCUGGUUUUGUUAGGUUGAAAUUCGAUCGAGAGGUCUUCAAAUUUCUGUCUUAAGAGUUCAUCUUUUAGCUAUGUAGCCAAAUCUCAAUGUAAUGGGUUGUGGGUGUUAGUAUUAGUUUGGAGAAAGAGA